AUGGAACAUGAGGCUACCCAGUUAGAAAAGCAGCACGUGCAUAGUGUAUAUGAAAAUACAGCUGCCUACUUUAAUGACCUGCAGAGCAAAGCAUGGCCUCGUGUUCGAAACUUUCUUCUGGAGCAGAAGCCUGGCAGUCUUGUUGCUGAUAUAGGUUGUGGAACUGGAAAGUAUCUCAGUGUCAACAGUCAGGUAUAUAAUCUCGGCUGUGAUUACUGCAGACCAUUGGUAGAGAUUGCCAGGAAGAAAGAGGAUGAAGUUCUGGUAUGUGACAACCUUAACCUUCCCUUUAGGGACCAGUGCUUCAAUGCAGUCAUUUCCAUUGGAGUGAUCCAUCAUUUCUCAACUAAACAAAGAAGAAUCAAAGCAAUAAAGGAAAUGGCAAGGGUAUUGAUACCCGGAGGCCAGAUGAUGAUUUAUGUUUGGGCUAUGGAACAAAAGAAUCGUCGCUUUGAGAAACAAGACGUAUUUGUUCCUUGGAACAAGGCCUUGUGCUCACGGCAUUUUUCAGAAUCGAAUCAAUCUGGAGAUAAGGGUGAGUUCGUGCACGCUGUAAAAACCCAAGACAUACACCCUGCACAGCUAGUCAUCUCCGAUUGCAGCUACCAAACCAAUCUGCAGCCAGAAACUGAUUCAAAACAUUCCCCCAGUAUGGAGCAUUGCUUAUCCAGAGCCUGCUGCGUGAAAAUUUCUGAAGAAGAAAACAGAUUUUACAGUGCUCUGGGAAGAUCUUUCCGCUCAUGGUUUUUCUCCAGAUCCCUUGAUGAAUCAGCCCUGAGAAAGCAAACGGACAAAAUGAAGCCUCUGAAGAACGAAGGAGAAUGGGCUAGCAGUACCGUACCCAUUCAGCAUUCGCGACACUGCAGUUUGGAUUUAGGUCACCAUGGGGCACUGUUGAAAGAACAAAGUUUAGAUGAUGAUGAUGUAUUCAUGGAAAGCCUGCCUCUCAAAAAACCGCAGUGGUCACCAGCCGCAGAUUCACUGAAGGAUUUAAGUUUAAAUGGAGGACACCAAAGUGUAGCUCAGAGCAAGAGUGAAGAAGCUGCAUUUAUAAACGACCCAGUGGAAAACAGGGACUGCAGCUGCGGUUGUAGUAAAGAUGGUGCUGGAAAGUCUAAUGCCAGCAAGUUUUUCAAAAGAACUUCAACAACUGACUCCACUGACUCUGCUCUGGAUUCAGCAGUGUCUGUUGGGGACCAAACUGAUGCCACGUUGGAUACAAAAGCCUUCAUGCGUUAUUAUCAUGUUUUUCGGGAAGGGGAGCUGUGCUCCCUGGUAGAAGAGAACGUGCCUGAGCUUCAGAUACUUUCUUCCUGCUAUGACCAUGGAAACUGGUGCAUUAUUGCAGAGAAAAGAGGAACAUAGCUGUAAAGAGAACAAAGAGGAAUCCAGUGACUGAGGAUUUUAAGCUGCUCCUUGUGUUCCUGUGACUGUGCAGUGUGACAUGGAACUUGAAUCUCAUGUAGUCGUGUGCCAUUCAUUUUUGAGUUAUUAUCUCUCUAUCUAUUUAACUAUCUAAUGCAAGGUCUGUAUAUAGGAAUGUAAGUGGUAAACAAUAUUUAUGUUUUGUUAAACUUUUAUGAAGUUAAAACUGGAGAGUUUUAUAUUGCUUUUAGCAAAUAAUUGUGUUUUUAAAUAUAAUUUUCUAUUGAGAAGUAAAACUUUUUUAUAAGACAAGGAUCAGGGAAUCUUUUAUGAGAAAUAUUCUCUCAGUAGAAAGUUUAGGCUUUGUUCUUCAAACGCUGAAAAUGUGUCAUAUUGCUACCUGUUCUCAAAGUCCUAUAAAUAGAGAUGUAGACACAUUUAAAAACGUACUUGACUGUAUACUGCUAGAGUGCAUGCUGCAGAACUGGAAGCAAGCAUGGUCCCAGUACUACUUAGUUUGAAUAGAGUUGUUAAUGGGCAAAAACUACGUACAAAAAAAGCUCUGCAUAUUCUGUCAUUUGAGGUUUGUGUUUGGGAACAAGUGACAGAACAAAUUUUCAACAGUAUUUUGGACUUUUGUUUUAAAAA